CACUAUAAUUUCGCUGACAAUGUCAAAUUAAUUACCGUGCUCAUGUUAUUUCAUUUAUUUAAUUACUUUAAUGAAAGAGGUAUAAUUUGUUUGGGGACCCUGUAUUUUAUGUUAUUAAAACUUGUAAUCAAUAGACAUAAGGUCCCCAUUGUACAAGAAAAAAAUUAAAUGUGUUUUGCAAUACUUCGCAAAUAUCAUAACCUCUCAAUGGUCGACAUAGAAAAAUCAACGACACCCCCCUUAAGCGCACCUUUUAUGCCUAUUUGCAUAAUUGCCAAUGAGGUGCAUUAUAACCGAAGAGACUUUUCAAUUACAGUUACAUUAGUUUAUUCUACAAUAAAUUAUACUUUUAUACAAUAGCCACAUAACUGUAAAGUGAAAAAUUCUUAGAGCAAUGUGUUGCGCUAGUGAAGAGCCACAUUUAGUAAAACGACAGUAUUUUUGUAUAGUUAUGCAAUUGAUUUUCAUACAAUUUUUUUGGUAGUUUGAUGCAAAAUCUUAAGAAAUGAAAUGAAAAUCAAAUCUCUUCUCUUCUUAACUAAUUUAACGGUUGUAAUAACAUGUGUAAAUUUUUAAUCUGAACCAAACCAGCGGACCGACAUGCGCAAAUCAAAGAAUAAUACCCUGUGAUCAAAUUUGACCCGGACUGACAAAAAACUUACAUUUUCACAUAUUUUUAUACAAAUCUUUAUUAUUGUCUUCAAAACAUUAACCAAAAUAUUUUGAGUCGAUCUAGAAAAGAUGUUGAGAUCUUUAGAGAGAUUUCUUUAACUCUUUCGAUGUUAUCGUCAUUAACAGAGGUAACUGUAUAAUUCGCAUGAGGCAAGUUUUUGAUCACUUCACGACAUUCACUGAAUGCCUUGUGUUUGUGAUUAAUAUCUUCUUCUUCUGUAACAUUUUUAACGAUUCUGUAGCUGUGAUUCCAUUGAAAACACAAAAAAACUCGUCAAUUUUUUUUUCCAUGGUAAAAAUCGCCAGAAAAACCUUUCGCGUCGUAAACAACCAGCUGCCCAACACAAUUUAAUUGAUAUAUGGAGAUCAAACUUCACACGAACAUAAAAAGGUAGUACCAAUCUAGGAUAAAAAUUAUUAUUGAUUCGGCUUGCGCGCGCAGGUUAUAUUGCUCAAUCCGAGUCAAAUUUGAUCUGAUGGUACAUAGUAUUAAAACGGCCGAUUAUUAGUUAGCAUCAACUCUUUUUGAAAUAAUAUCUAAUGCGACUAUUGCGCCUAUGUAUUGUGUGUAUCUGGCAAUAUCCAAGACCGUCGAAAAAUAUAGGGUCCUUGGGACCCAUUUACAAUCGUUGAACUAAAUUCUUUGUAAAACGAUUAACGAUUAUUUUCAGAAAACCCAAAUAAGUUUCACAGUCAUUCCAACUACAAAGAAAUUGCUUUGUAGGUCAAACUUCAAGGACUACGCCACUGGCUUGCGACACUCACACAUGCACAUACGCACAUAUUUGAGCCUAUAUUAGCGCAUACCGUUAAAGUUUUAAGUUUAAGGAGUGGCUGCAAGUGAUUGUAAGUUAAAAGGCACAACUUUCCCCACAUAUACAAGGGAUAUGUGAGUACGCACUCCCAUUCACGCAUGCGAGAAAUUAAACAAAACCCGAAGUGCCCUCAUACUAAAAAUUAGCCAAUGUUAGCAUAAAAUUUAGUUCAAAAUCACCACAAUAUUAAAGCCGUAGCUCGCCACCACAGGUAUAUACGAAUUUUCUCCCAACAGCGCGACUUUCAGCCUUAUUUAGACAACAAUCAUGCGUUAACUAAUGUUAUUCGUGACAUAUUUGUGUUAAAAACAUGAAAUUAUCCCUACAUCGGCGCGCCAUUUCAUUCCCAACAGCAUACACACACAGCUAGCGUGGUAUAAACUGAGCUGCGUAGCACUCCUUAAUAUCCAUGAUAUUAUUUAAAUGAAUACGAUGCGCAUUUCACGUCUAGACACAGGCCAUUGUCCAUUGAAAACAGCAAACAGGACCUCGAGAGCGUUUCUUGUAGCCACAUGGCAGUCAUUCAAGCAUGUGUAUUCCUCAAGUAGGCAUGCAAAAGCGUGUGAUAAGUCGUCAAAAUCGCGAAUAUUAAAAAGUGGAUUUUGACCAAAACUGCCUGUAUUCUUACACGUAGAAUCCGUCUAUUCGAAAUUGUUUCGAAAGUCUAAAAAUGCUGACGAAAGAAAGUGACUAUAGUCGCACAUCCACCUUAGCCGCAGAUUCUUAUGUAUUUGAAGUAGAGCGCGACAUUUGCAUCAAGGCGGAUAUAAGAAAUGCCGAAAACGCGGCGAAAUUGCGUAGAACUGCCUGCUUGAAUGCCAGUUUAAGUAUCGAGGCACUUUACAACAAUUUGGCGCUGAUUGAUGCGGAUAGUGUGGAUAGUAAGAGUGAGCAGCUUGAUAAGUGUGAUGUGAAAUGUGAAAAGCAAUUGAGUGAAGCCGUUAAGAAACCACCUGUGCUAGUGCGAAAGCAUACCUUCGAUGGACAGCUGAUUUACAAACUUGGCGAAAAGGGCAGUGGUACACGAGUACAAGCAGACAUCCAAGAUUUUGAGUCCAUCCGAAGCAUGUGCCUUGCAAAUGGCUCCUUAUUUGAGGAUCCACUGUUUCCAGCCAACAAUGAGUCUCUUAUGUUUUCACAACGACCCGAUCGACACAUCGAAUGGCUGCGACCACAUGAGAUCACUGAUGACCCACAAUUCUUCGUGGAAGGCUAUUCGCGUUUCGAUGUACAGCAAGGCGAAUUGGGCGACUGUUGGUUGCUCGCCGCCACAGCCAAUCUAACGCAAGAUCCAAAUCUAUUCUUUCGUGUUGUGCCGCCAGAUCAAAGCUUCGAGGAGAGCUACGCUGGUAUUUUUCAUUUCUGUUUUUGGCAGUAUGGUAAAUGGAUCGAUGUGGUGGUCGACGAUCGUCUGCCGACAUAUCGCGGCGAAUUAAUGUAUAUGCAUUCCACUGAGAAGAACGAAUUUUGGAGUGCACUGCUGGAGAAAGCUUAUGCCAAAUUAAAUGGCUCAUAUGAAGCACUAAAGGGCGGCACCACUUGUGAGGGUAUGGAAGAUUUUACCGGCGGUGUAACGGAAUGGUACGACUUAAAAGAGGCACCACCAAAUCUAUUCAACAUUUUACAUAAAGCUGUCGAUCGUAACUCCUUAAUGGGUUGCUCUAUAGAACCCGAUCCGAAUGUUUUGGAGGCUGAGACGCCACAAGGGCUGAUACGGGGCCACGCCUACUCUAUAACCAAAGUUUGUUUACUCGAUAUUGCUGUACCCAAUCGGCAAGGUAAAAUACCAAUGAUACGUAUGCGUAAUCCCUGGGGUAAUGAGGCCGAAUGGAAUGGUCCGUGGAGUGAUAGUUCACCCGAAUGGCGUUAUAUACCCGAAGAUCAGAAACAAGAAAUCGGCUUAACAUUUGAUCGUGAUGGUGAAUUUUGGAUGUCAUUUCAAGAUUUCCUCAAUCAUUUCGAUCGUGUCGAAAUCUGUAAUUUAUCACCUGAUUCUCUUACCGAAGAGCAACAAAAUAGUGGUAAACGCCGUUGGGAAAUGUCUAUGUUUGAAGGUGAAUGGACGCAAGGUGCAACAGCUGGUGGUUGUCGUAACUUUUUAGACACCUUCUGGCAUAAUCCACAGUACGUAAUAACACUAGCCGAUCCGGAUGAUGAUGAUGAUGAUGGCAAGUGUACGGUUAUUGUGGCGCUGAUGCAAAAGAAUCGUCGUUCAAAGCGUAAUAUGGGUAUGGAAUGUUUGACAAUCGGUUUCGCUAUUUAUCAUCUAACCGAAGAUGACUUACAUACCCGACCACAAGGUGUGAAUUUCUUUAAAUAUCGUGCAUCCGUUGGACGUUCACCGCAUUUUAUUAAUACGCGUGAGGUGUGUGCGCGUUUUAAACUUCCGCCAGGUCAUUACCUAAUUGUACCGUCAACUUUUGAUCCGAAUGAGGAAGGUGAAUUCGUUAUUCGUGUUUUCUCGGAAACUCAGAAUAACAUGGAAGAGAAUGACGACCAUGUUGGAUAUGGAAGCCCGAAUGAUGAUAAGGUGUUGCCAAAUCUUCCAAACCCAAUGGACCCCAGACCGAACGAUGGACAUAAUGAAAGCCUUUUGAAACUUUUCAAAAGUAUUGCCGGUCCAGACAUGGAAGUGGAUUGGAUGGAAUUGAAACGGAUAUUGGAUCAUUCAAUGAAAGAUGAUUUGCCAAAGAGUACAAGUUAUACUCCAUACAAUUAUAAUGUGCAAAACGCUGACAUUGGCGGUGGCGCUCCGGCUGAGGGCGGUGGUCUAAAUAUUUUAGCGCUUAUUUGCGGCCCAUUUUGCAAGGGUACACCAUUUGAGAGCAUCUUUUCAGAGGGCAACGAGCAAAAUCCGCCAAAUACGAAUCAAACCAAGGCUGGAGGUUAUAUGGGGUUGCCACCAGUCAUCAUGGAGGAGAGUAGUAACGGUUUCUCGAAAGAUGUCUGCCGCUCCAUGGUUGCCAUGAUGGAUGUCGAUCAGUCGGGUAAAUUGGGUUUCGAGGAGUUCGAAGCACUACUCACCGACAUAGCAAAAUGGAAAGCGGUAUUUAAGCUUUAUGAUCCCGAACAAACCGGACGCAUUGAUGGCUUUAAAUUGCGUGAUGCGCUCAACUCCGCCGGCUAUCAUCUCAAUAAUCGUAUACUAAAUGCGUUGGCACAUCGUUAUGGUUCGCGCGAUGGCAAAAUUUCAUUCGAUGAUUUCCUUAUGUGUGCAGUCAAAAUUAGAACAUAUAUUGAUAUAUUCAAGCAGCGGGACACCGAAAACAAAGAUGUGGCUACAUUCAGCAUGGACGAAUGGAUUGAAAAAACUAUAUAUUCAUAAAAUAUAUUUCACAAUUAAUUAUUAUACAUUAUUAUAGCCGAUGAAUCUCAUAAUUCGAAUUCAACUACACACACUCACACAUACAAAAAACUUAUCCAAUAUCUACAACAAAACAUAUGUACAUUUAAACCCAUUUCUAUUAAUGAUUAAUGUUAACUCUCAUUUGUCGAAUCUAUACUAUGCUAACUGUAAAUGGCUACAGUAUCUUUGCUAAUGCUUCCCAAAUUUCACAUACACGAAGUUAUUGCUCUCUCUAUAUCUCGUUCGCCAUAUACAUACUCUCUCUCUCUCUAACAGUGUGUAAAAAGUUUUGAAUUCUUUUACGUAAAUUGGUCUAAACCAAAAAACCAUAUGAACAAAAAUAUAUUAAUAAAAAAAAAUUGCUUAAAUUUAACUUAUCGCAUUCACUAAUCCGAAUAUACCAAAUAUUACAACCUUUCAAAUAUAACUUGAAUACAAUCACACACCAUGUGGAAAAUACAUAAAUUGUGGAUUUUUUCUUGUAAAUAAUAUUUGCAUUGUACAAUUAAUUUUAUAUGUUGCACUUUCCUAGUAAACUGUGUGAAAAAACGUUAUGAUUGCCUUAUUGUCAGAAGUAUAUUUUUUCAUACUCAUUUUUAUUAGCGAACUUUCGCUGUAACUGCAAAACAGAAAAUACCUCAGCCAAUACGUAACAAAAUGUUAUUCUCUAAAGACAGAAACUAAUGCAGUCGUAUUUUAAAGACAAGCGUUUGCAUAGAUAAA